AUGUGUCAUAAUGGUAAAUUUGAAGAUUGGUCACAAGCGAUUAAUCGCUUGAAUAUUAAACGGCGUACAUGUACAACAUUCAUUCCAAAACUUGACAAAGGACAUGAUAAGAGUCAACAAUCUCAAAAAGAACUUAAAUGCUGUUGCAAUCGUUUAAAACGAGAGCAUAGUUGGGAUUUAUUUGAGAAUGAGAGUAGUAGUAGUGAUAAACAAGAUUCAGAAUGGAAUGCUGGAACACAUACAAAAAUUGCAUUAACCAAUGCAUAUGGAAGAAUACCAGAGACCGGAGCUCCAUACAUUCGUUGUGAUGUAGACACAAAACCCGAGACAUUAGUGGAGUUAAUGUUUAAAGAUUGGAAAAUGCGUGAGCCAAGAUUGAUUAUGUGUAUUAUUGGUGGAGCAAAAUAUUUCAAAUUAAAUGAGAGACUUGAAAAAGAAUUUAUUAAAGGAAUAAUUCAAGCAGCCUUAAUAGCAGAUGGAUGGAUAAUUACUAGUGGUUUUAAAACUGGUGUGGUUAAAUUAGUGGGCGAUGCUAUUUAUGAAAAUAAAUUAACAAAUCCGAAAAGUGAAAUUAUUGCGGUGGGAAAAUAUAAUGUUGAUAAGAAAGUGCAGAAAUCUGUGUUACCUACAUCGAAUCAAAAACGAAAAGGUGAACAAGAAUUAGAACACAAUCAUACACAUUUUUUACUGCUUGAUGACGGAAUGUUACUUGGAUAUGAUACUGGAGAUUAUCGAACAAGACUUGUUAAAGCAAUCUCACAUUAUAAACAAUCAGAUGUACCUAUUGUAAUCAUCGUUGUGGAAGGUGGUCCAGAUACUUUAAAUACAAUAUACAACGAUUUACGAUGUGAAAUUCCCGUUGUAUUGAUUGAUGGAAGUGGUCGUUUACCAAAUUUACUCUCAAAAUUUUUGACUCGUACAAAAAGUCUGAUAGAUGAAAAAAUGGAUGAAAAAGAAUGGAAAGGAAUACUUGAUAUCAAUGAUAUUGAUUCAAAACAGAAGCUUCUUCAAAUAUUUCAUAAUUAUGAAGAGGAGAUUCGUGCUGGUUUAGUUGAAAUAACAAAGGGUUCUAAAAAAAGUGAAAAAGAAAUGGAUGAUAUGUUCUACUUGUUUUUAUAUACGCUUCAACCAUCAUUAAGAGCAAACAUCAAAUCAUUUAGUCUCGAUAGUGAUCAUGAUUUAGAUGAAACUAUAUUUGAAGCAAUUAUCGAAGCUCGUCAAAAGAAGAGUCUCGAAACACAUGAAAAAGUAAAUCGUGAACAGUUGUUACAAUUGGCAUUGGCAUGGGACUGUAUUGAAGUUGCCAAAGAACAUAUUAUUAAAAAUAAUAGUGAAGAAAAAGAGAAUUUAUUUUUAAAAGCAUUGGAAUUAGAUCGUCCAACAUUUGUUAAUACAUUUAUUAAGUUAAAUUUUGACUUACCAACGAUAUUCUAUCAAUAUGAUGAUCAGAGUUCAAACAAACAAUGGAAAUUAAAAUGGAAUCGAUUAAGAGAAUUAUAUAGUGAUAAUGAUAAGAGAAAGCAGGAACGACUUCAUUUACUCGCAAAAGUUCGCUCCCCAAUUAAUUCACCAGAAGAUCUCGAUAAAAUAUUAAGAAUAUUAAUUGGUGAUUAUAUGAAACCAAUUUAUACAAACUCGAAUACAUUAACUUUAGUCAAUCGUUUAAAAUCAUUUUGUUUCUAUAAAUCGAAAAUUCAUUGUGAUAGUCAAAUACAAUUGUUAGAUUUACCCUAUGACGAUGAGUAUCCAUUAGAUAAUGAUAAAGAUGUGCUUGAGAAUAGUCAAAAUACGACGGAAAUAUUAGAAUAUGUUUACCGAGAUUUAUUUCUAUGGGCAAUAUUAACCAAUCGAGUAGAAAUAGCUAAAGUAAUAGUAUCACACAUGCAAAAUCGCAUAUGCGCAUCUUUAAUUGCAUCAAAAGUAUUCAAAACAUUUUAUUCGAUUUAUGCAGCUGAUAAUGAUUCAAAAGAAACAGUAAAACAACUAGCUGAUAAUUUUGAAAGUUAUGCUUGUGAAUGUUUAAAAUGUUGUUAUAAUUAUGACGAAGAAAAAGCAUGUGAAAUUGCCAUCAGACGAAUUAAAUUAUUUGGAGGAGUAUCUUGUAUACAGAUUGCUGUUGAUGCUGAUAAUAAAGAAUUUGUUGGUCAACCAUGUUGUGAUCAAUUAUUAACAAAUAUUUGGUAUGAUAAAAUCAAUCCAAUUCAAACACAAAUGAAAAAGAAAUUAUCAGUCUUAUUUAAUAUUCUCACAUUUGGACUAUUUGCUCAUUUUAUUGUCAAUUUUCGAGUAGAAAGAAUGGUAAAAAAUCAAACAAUAAAAAAUGAAUUGAUAAUUAAUGAAAAUGAACAAUCAGAAUAUCUAUCGAGUCAAGACCGAUGUGCAUUAGUAAGAAGGUUAAAUAAAAAUUGUAUUAAUUAUUCUGAUGGUUAUAUGUGGACAUCAAAAUUGUGGCCAACUUUCUUGUUGAGCUAUUUUCGUCAUUUGAAACAUUUUCAUGAAGCACCAUUAAUCAAAUUUUCAUAUAAUAGUGCGUCCUACAUUGUAUUUUUAUUAUUCUUCAGUUAUUAUAUGUUAUUUGCAUUUGAUCCAUUAAGUGAUGAUGUUUCAAAUAUUCAUUGGACAGAAGUUAUUGUCAUUAUUUAUAUUACAACAAUGUUAAUUGAAGACAUCCGACAGUUUUUUUGUCAAGAUAAUCGAUCUUUUAGCGGAAAAAUAAAUGAUUAUUUUUUGGCUAGUCGAGUUUUUAAUAUAAUUAAUUUCGUUGCCUAUAGUUUAUUUUAUGUUGGAUUAAUAUUGAGAUUUAAAAAUGUUCAUGAUCAAAAUUCAUUCUCAGCUGCCAGAAUAACACUUGCUUAUGAUUUGGAACUUUGGUUCAUACGUUCACUAGCAUUUAUUGGUGUGUCUCAACAAUUAGGACCAAAACUGGUCAUGAUUAGAAAAAUGGUGAGUGCACUUUUGAUUGCCAUGUCAUCGUAUGGUAUAGUAUCUCGAGCAAUGCGUUUUUAUAAAACAUUUGAUUUUAAUGGUCGAGCAUUAUUUCAAAAUAUUAUUUAUCCUGUCUAUUAUUUUAUUUUUACAUUUCAACAAGUUCAAGCUCAUACAGAUUUGGUAUGGCGGUAUGAACGAUAUGCAUUGAUUCGUGAAUAUUUUGAUCGACCACCACUAUUUCCACCAUUAAUUUUUAUUACACAUAUCUUCGAACUAUUCAAAUAUAUUUGGAGACAUUUACCAACGAAUAUACGACGAUCACCUGAACAAAAAGUAGAAGCAAAAAUAUUCAAAAUGAUUGCUACUAAUAAAAGUGUUGAAAAGGAUUGGUCUGAUUUUGAGCAUUAUGCAACAAAUCUAUAUGCAAGAUCGAUGCUUACUUCACGAUCAGCAACAGUCGCCACCACAACACCAUUAAAUACAAGUCAUCAAGAAGAUGUUAGUGAUAUUCAAAUAUCGGUAUUAGAUGUUAAACUAUUAAAUGAAGAAAUAAUUUCGAUUAGAAAAGUUCUUAAUGAUUUACGAAGAUAUGAUGAAGAAGUACGUGUUAUUCAUAAUCUAUCUAACGAUACUUAUUUGGAAUUUCUACUAGAUGAAUACUUGUAUGAAAUGGAUGAUGGACGCUAUGAGUAG